CUCUACUCGUAUAGCUCAGGGGAGAUCUAACAAUAAACCCUCUAUUGGUGAGCAACAAAACGUGGUUAUUUAUCCAGCAAAUCACUUUGUCUUGCGACACUUGUUGGCGUGAAGAUAGCUAAGAGGGUGAAUAACGAAUAGCUACAAAGAAAGAACCAAGUAUCUCUAUCGGAAGCAUAUAGAAUUAUGAAUACAAGGAUCAUGUUGCGGUGCUGUAAAUGGAGAAGGAAAGCCGAGUUACACGCUGCUCAGUAGAACCUCCUUUUAAAGGCGUGACGAUAACAAAGGGACGUGAAAACUUGAAUCAACAUCAGUGAAUAGGCAGCGCACAGUGACGACCGAGUGAGUUGCGAGGUUGAUUGCUGCGAUGUGCAGUUAUUGCUUUGUUCUUGGAAUCUUUAUAAUUGAAGCGUAUGGCCUAUGAUACAGUUCACCCGAGCUGCAGGGCUGUACUAGAAUCAAAGCUAACAAUAUGAAGACGGAGUACAGGUUUUACUACACAGACCAGUAAAUGAGAGUCAAGUUCAAGUGCUUCAAAUCAAAGGUUCUGUUUCAGAGUUCUUAUAAGAAUCAAAGUGCUUAUUGUAGGUUGUGUGUUGCUUUCUGGCGAAAGGGAUGUAAAAGAAAACACGACAAUCCAGUGGAAUCCAAAAUAACUGCAAGGGAGGAGCGUGGAAGACAUAGCGAAAAGCCCAAACAACAUUGCAAAACUGACGGACAGUUGAAGGUCUCUCUCCAUGGAUAUAGACACAGACUAUGAGCGGCCAAAUGUUGAGACCAUAAAGUGUGUGGUGGUGGGAGACAACGCGGUGGGCAAGACACGCUUGAUCUGUGCACGCGCCUGCAAUGCCACGCUGACCCAGUACCAGCUGCUCGCUACCCAUGUGCCCACUGUCUGGGCCAUUGAUCAAUACCGUGUGUGCCAGGAGGUCCUUGAGCGGUCACGGGAUGUGGUGGAUGACGUCAGCAUCUCACUGCGUCUCUGGGACACCUUCGGAGAUCAUCACAAAGACAGGCGUUUUGCUUACGGCAGGUCUGAUGUGGUAGUCCUGUGUUUCUCUCUGGCGAACCCCAACUCCCUCCGCCAUGUUCGUACCAUGUGGUUUCCUGAGAUCAAGCACUUCUGUCCCCGCACCCCCAUCGUUCUCGUGGGCUGCCAGCUGGACCUGCGCUACGCUGAUCUUGAGGCUGUCAACCGUGCACGUCGACCCCUAGCCAAGCCCAUCAAACCGACAGAUAUCCUGCCUCCUGAGCGAGGCCAUGAAGUCGCCAAGGAGUUGGGUGUGCCGUACUACGAAACCAGCAUCGUCGCCCAGUUCGGGGUGAAGGAUGUUUUUGAUAAUGCUAUCCGUGCCGCCCUCAUCUCCCGCCGCCACUUGCAGUUCUGGAAGUCCCACCUGAGGAGGGUUCAACGACCCCUUCUCCAGGCUCCCUUCUUGCCCCCAUGUCCCCCGCGACCCAUUGUGGCUAUACCAGAUCCUCCAGCCAUGGACAGGGAGGGGCCUGGUUCCCUCUUCUGUCAGGCCCUCUGUGCGGAUGUUCUGUUCCUGCUGCGGGACGGCUCCACCCAGGUCUUUGCUCACAAAGUAUACCUGGCCACUUCUUGUUCCAAAUUUUAUGAUCUUUUCACUUUGGACCUCAAGGCGACUGUGGAUGGUGGGGAAGUGGAGGAACCUUUGGUUGGAGGUGAUGAGGAAGAGCAGGACAAAAGACGAAAAGAGGAGACCAGCUGCACAAAGAGCUUGGACACCAGUAAAGAUAGGGAGGGAAGCUCUGGUGGCGUCAGACAGCCCCUGUUGCUGCAGCAUGGUUCCCUGAGGACUUUCCAGAGUGGCAAUCCCCUCCCUGCAAGGAGCGAAGGCUCCAGGGGGUCAGUAGGGGCAGGGCGGACCCUGACAGGCUGGGGACGUGGCUUCCUCAGCAUGCACCUGGAGUAUGUGCAGGAUCCCAUAACUCAUCAGCCUAAACUCAUGACCGUGGUAUCCAUGGAUAGUCUCAUUCAAGAUGGCCCUUUCCAGGCUGUGUUGCAGUACCUGUACACUGGCAGCUUAGACGAGGGUAGAGAAGACCUGAUGCAAGUGGCCACCAUUGCAGAGCUUCUCGAGGUGUUUGACCUGCGUAUGAUGGUGGCUAACGUGCUAAAUCGUGAGAGCUUCAUGAACCAGGAGAUCACCAAGGCCUUCCACGUCCGACGGGCUAACAGGAUCAAAGAGUGCCUUAGCAAAGGCACGUUUGCUGAUGUAGUGUUCCAAUUGGACGAUGGCUACCUCCCUGCCCACAAGCCAUUGCUGAUUUCCAGCUGCGCCUGGAUGGCAGCCAUGUUCCGUGGCUCCUUCAAGGAGAGCUAUAUUGAAGAGGUGGCUAUCCCCAAAACUACUUCUGCCUGUAUGCAAGCUGUUCUGGAGUACCUGUACUGUGGCGUGCUGGCAUCCAGCCCUGACCUGCAGCCCACUGAUCUCAUCGUGUUGACCAACCGCCUUUGUUUACCUCGCCUUGUGGCCCUCACAGAACAACAUGCUGUAGAGGAGUUGAUGCAAUUGACUCUGAAAGGGGUGGACAUCGAUGGACAGGUGCUGGCAUACCUGGAGAUGGCUCAAUUUCACAAUGCAAAACAACUCUCUGCAUGGUGUCUGCACCACAUCUGCACCAAUUACAACAGUGUAUGCCGCAAGUUCCCUAAGGAAAUGAAAGCCAUGUCUCCAGAGAACCAGGAGCACUUUGAGAAACAUCGUUGGCCCCCUGUCUGGUUUCUAAAGGAGGAAGAUCGUUACCUACGCACCAAGAAAGACCGGGAGUGUGAAGAGGAGAACUUACGCAAGCAGCACACAAAGCGCGGAUGGUGUUUCUGGAGGUGUUUGUCUACUCCAGCACCUCAGAUCUCCCAGUCAGCCCACCCCCCAUAAUAGUUCAUCUAAUUCUCCCCUACUCCGCUGCACUGGACACAAUGAAAUCCAGAGCUGUAGAUCUCCAUUGUGCAUGCGAUGCCUCUCCUGACCCAGAGAGAUAGCAGGUCAGCUUGAGUGGCUGCUGUUGACGUACGUUUCUGAUCUUAUUACAGCCAAGGAAGGGAAUGCAUGAGUUUCGCCAGCUGGCAUCACAGUUUAUGAGAGAGAUCACUACCGCUGUGAUAAAUCAUACUGCAAAUCAUAAUGCUCUAAGAUGCUUCAGAAGAUUUCAGGUACUUAUACAGUGUAUGCAUGUGUAAAUUAACCGGUCCCAUAUAUACUAAAUUGAAACAGGAAAAGGUAGAAGAUAUUAGCCUGUCAAGAACUUGUUUGUGCGAAAUUAACAACAAAACCAACAAAGAAAGAACAUCUUGGUUAAGACAUUUCACCAUUCUUCUCCACUCCCUUUUGAGAUUUUACAUUUUCAUUUUUUUUUCUCUUUUAAAUUUUAAAUUGCUUUUCAGCCUUAGGUUUCUCAUCCUAAGGGAGGCUGACUACAGACUCAGGAAAGCAGUUGCUAAGACUGUUACCAUGAACAGGCUUUUGGGGGCAGCUUCAGGUAGAGGAUGUGGGCUAUAAUUGUAUCAAACAUUUAUUGGCGCCACAACGAAUAUUCUAGUAGGUGGCAUAUUUGGUAAAUCACAGGGUUAAACUACAUGACCAAAGUAAAUAGUAAAUAAAAUUACACAAGUACCUCUUGAAAGUAUUUGUAACAGUCAUGGUUUGUUCCAUUAUAGGUGAACAAUUUUGCUACAUGUGUAGCUUUUAAAUGCAAACAACUGAAUUUAAAGGACUAAUGCACUGAUCAGAGUCUUUCUGUCAGUGUCAAUAAGCACUGCCUUUAUUUGUCCAUGAUUUCAUCUUUAUAAUAUUUGGUAUACUGGAAAUAUAAAAGAACCAUGUGUGUUGAAGUGACUUACAUAUAGAUACUAUUUUGCUUACAAUCAAAUAUUACUCAAGAACUAAAGUUUAAUAUGGCAUUUUAGUAUUACAAGAAUUUAAAUAAGUAGUGGUCAAGUUUGUUAAACCCUUUACCACAGUUUUUUUUUUUGUUUUUAAUCUCUUGUUUGUAUGAAGCUGGUCCCAUGGCAGCCUCUAGAUUUCUGCUCCUGAGCCCCAGCCUGUCUGGAGUUUAUACCACAGGACUGUUCCAAUUUAACUUCUCUACUCUCAAGUAAUAUACUGCAGAGAAACUUUUCAUACUUAUAUAACGAUUCUUCAAAACUUCUUGGGAUGUUUUUUUCUUCAUUCUUUUGCAGAAAUUUGUAAAAAGAAAACCAAUUAAGGUAUAAACAGAAAUAUUUAUACUUUGCAAUGAGCGACAUCUCUAAUUAUUCUUAGUCUUUUUUCCUUUAAUGUACAGCUGUUUCCUUGGUACCAAAAACUGUGAAAUCUUUUAAGCACAAUGUUACAGUGCAUUCUUCCUCCUCUAGUCCCGUUUCUCCUCUUGUUUGCAAAUAAGAGAUGAGGUGCUAAGGAAGCAGACAGCAAAUGUGGGUCACUGUUGCAGUGUUGAAAUGCAAACCUACAUGGCAGGAGGGUAAUGAACAGCUGCUUUGGCAUAUUGUGAUACACGACUGCAGUGACACUGCAGUGCUUCAAAGUUUACCAAAAGAUGACCUCUGCUCAACUGGGAUCUCUACAAAUUUUCUACAUUUCCCACCUUUUAUUGAUCUCUCAAUGAAUCAGGAUCUUUAGGCUGUAUUAUCCUUCUGUGAUUUUCUUGUGAAUAUCUUAGUGCUUCGUAAUUCAGCAGUAUUUUUAUAAGUAACAGAACUUUGCAGGGGUUGCGGGAAGCAUAUUAUUGAUUAUUCUGGUUGUGAUUAGAGUAAAAGUAAAAAUGCAUUUUCACGGUAACCUUUAUAAAAUAGAUUAGGCUAAUGUGAGUUUUUGCUGAUUGGAACUUAAUAUCUGUAAAUGAAUAUCUGUGGUUUUGUUGGUCUUGCAUUUGGAGGAAAGCCUCUUUGGAAUAUAUACACUAUACUACCAAAAGUAUUGGGACACCUGCCAUUACACACACAUGAACUUUAAUGACCACAUUCUUAAUACAUAGGCUUUAAUAUGGAGUUGGCCCCCCCUUUGCAGCUAUAACAGCUUCAACUCU